UGAGUGACUCGGGGUUUUGGUGUCUGCCUCCGAGCGCGUGUGUGUGUGUGUAUGUUGGAGGGAGAAAAGAGAUAAAGAGAGAGAGAGUAAGGGAGGGAGAGGCAAGCAGCGUUUCUUCUCCCCCCUUUAGCCUCCCCGUCUCCCUGCUCCCUGUCACUCCAUCCUUCCUCCCCUCUCCUGGACCACCCUCCAGCCCUGCUUCGAGCCGGACCGAGACCCCCUACCACCCAGACCACCCCGGGACCCUUUGACUCUCCUCACUUCUCCGUCCCACCAACCAACACCUCUGAGCAGGAAUUUCUCUCCUCUCCUCCCCUGGAGUGCCAUCUGUCAACAACUCAACAGCACAAUAUCCGCUGAGUCCACUUCCACACUUUAGUUGAUCUUAAUACCCUUCUGCUGACCAAGCGCAGCAAAGUGCAUCAGCCAGACGUCCAGUCUCCCCGUUCUGCUGGAAGGCUGCCAGCCACAGGUCACAUGACCUGGAAGAAAAAACCUGGGAGACUUUUGGGAUCCCUUUUCGCAUGGGCUGGUUAUCAACCUGAAGGGAAGUCCAAAGGCUGAUGAACUGAUCUGUGUCCGUGUGAGACCACAUUGCUCUGGUGUCCUGUAUGCCCUGGGAACACAACGCCCAGUGCAAAUCUGGUGACUGGCUGGCUGGAAUACCACGCUACUCCUUCUCCUUCUGAGGACAUCCCAUUCCAGGACGGUGCUUUGCUCUCACUUCCUCACAGCAUGGAGCCAACCAAAGUCCAGUCAGAGGGUGGCCUCAAUGUCACCCUUACCAUCCGCCUCCUCAUGCAUGGAAAAGAGGUUGGAAGCAUAAUUGGAAAGAAGGGGGAAACAGUAAAAAAGAUGCGAGAAGAGAGCGGGGCACGAAUCAAUAUUUCUGAGGGGAACUGUCCAGAGAGGAUUGUCACCAUUACCGGACCAACAGACACCAUCUUCAAAGCUUUUGCUAUGAUCGCCUACAAAUUUGAGGAGGACAUAAUCAAUUCCAUGAGCAACAGCCCAGCAACCAGCAAGCCCCCUGUCACCUUAAGGCUUGUAGUGCCAGCCAGCCAGUGUGGCUCCCUCAUAGGUAAAGGAGGCUCCAAAAUAAAAGAAAUGAGAGAGUCCACAGGGGCCCAGGUUCAGGUGGCAGGAGACAUGCUGCCCAACUCCACAGAGCGUGCAGUGACAAUCUCUGGAACCCCAGAAGCCAUCAUCCAAUGUGUCAAACAGAUAUGUGUGGUCAUGCUGGAGUCUCCACCAAAAGGUGCCACCAUCCCUUAUCGCCCAAAGCCCGCCUCCACCCCGGUCAUUUUUUCUGGGGGCCAGGCCUAUACAAUUCAGGGACAGUAUGCCAUACCACACCCAGAUCAGUUGACCAAGCUCCACCAGUUGGCUAUGCAGCAAACCCCCUUUACCCCUCUCGGACAGACCACCCCUGCUUUCCCUGGUUUGGAUGCCAGUCCACCAGCCAGCACCCAUGAACUCACCAUUCCUAAUGAUCUAAUAGGCUGCAUCAUUGGACGCCAGGGAACCAAAAUAAAUGAGAUUCGACAGAUGUCUGGAGCGCAGAUCAAAAUUGCAAACGCCAUGGAGGGCUCGUCAGAGCGCCAGAUCACCAUAACAGGGACUCCAGCUAACAUCAGCCUGGCCCAGUAUCUCAUCAAUGCCAGGUUCAGGGACGUGGCUGCCAUGUGGAAUGACCCCUCAUCCAUGACUACAUCCUGAAGUCACACCAAAUCUGCCUCUGUUUGCAGAAGCUAACAUCAAAACCACAACUGCUUCACAAUUAACCUCUACGUGUUAUCCCAUGGAACUUUCCUUAGACUCCCUUGGUUUUACAUAACACUUUAACAUUAGCCUGUGAGUGACCUAUAGUAAAAGUCAGACUAACAACACAGGGAUUCGUUUUAAAUGGAUGUAGCCAGUGUAUCAUUAAGAAUAGUUUGACAUUGUGGGAUAUUCAGUUAAGAUUAUUAAUAUAAUUGCAUUGAAUUAGAUAAGAAUAUCUAUACCACUCUCAUCUCUGUCACUUGAAUAUGAAGCUAGGAGAUAAUUAGCUUAGCUUAGCUUAGCUUAGCUUAGCUUAGCUUAGCAAAGGUUGGAAACAGCUAGCUUAACUCUUCCCAAUUCAUAUAGCAGCACAUCUAAAGUUAACUGAUUCACAUUGAAGGCAAGGCUUCAGGCUUCAUUGCUCCCCUCAGAGACGUAGUUUGACACACAGCCCCGUGUAAAAAGUCUUCCAAGCUAUACAGCCACAUAGGUCUUUUUGUUCUUACCAUCUAAUACUAUCCACCGGGGCAUUUCCUAAACUGGCGCUCCUAUUGGUGGACGAUAAAAUAGCUUGUAUAUGAACAGUAAUGGUUGCAGGUUUAAACAUGUGAUCAACAUUGUUAAACCAUUACAGUUGCGCCAAAACUGCGUGAUUAGGUUAAGGCAACAAAACUCCUUGGUCAGGCUUAGAAAAAAAGGCCACAGUUGGGCUUAAAAUUAGUACAUCUAUCACUGACAAAACGUAAAGUCCGUAUCUCACAUGACACACAUCACAUACUAAGACAGUCUGUGUAACAUUGUUAAAAUACAUCCAUAUUGAUUUUUGGUUUCACACAGGACAUGAACAGCAGUUCCUGAAUAAAAGUCCUGUGUUUGUUUGACCCAUUUACUUCCCUUCUGUCCCACGUCAUUUUUUCUAUGAAAUAAACAAACUCUGAUUUGUAAGUAAGUUUUAUGUGUGUUGGUGAGUCUGCUAACUUAAGGCAGAGCCAGGCUAGGUGUUUCCCCCUGUUUCCACUCUUUAUGCUAUGCUAUGCUAAGCUAAGCUUAGCUAACCAUCUCCUCACUUUAAUGAGCAGACUUGAGAGCGGUACUGAUCUUCUCAUUUUACUACAAGAAAUAGAGUGUAUUUCCCAAAUGUCACACUAUUCCUGCAAGUAUUUAUUUAGCAUGCCUCAUUCCAGGAACAAUAUAUAUUGUGUUUCUUUUUGUCAUUACUAUAUAGAUACAUUUACCUAUUAAUUCCUAUUGUGUCUGGAAAGAGUAAAAUGAAUAAAAAAUGUAAAAUGAACAAAAAAAGCAAAGAAAAAAAAAGGACUAAACACAUGACUGCCAAUUGAGCAAUGCUGUUAGAGAGAAGAGUGAUGUGAUGCCUCUGUCAGGGAAUACAGCAAUUUCUACACUAGACAUUUUUCAUUACACUACCAUUCUUUUCUGUCCACUGCAUGGCUUCAUGAGGGGGUUAGUAUUGCAUGGUUAUGUUACCAUAUUUUUUUUUAGAAGUUAAGAUGUUUUAUGUCAAAGGGUACAAUGAAAAUAUGUGUGUGAAAAGACAAACAAACAAACUGGUGCCAACAAGAAUUGGAGCACAAAGCCAGCCAUUGCAGCAUAACUUUCACUUUCAAGCGAAAGUUCCUCUUUCACAGCUGUAUUUUUAUUUUUUCUCUGUCUGCCUCCCCACCCUCCCCUCCCCCUGCUCCUCCUCCUCUCCCGCCUCCCCUGAACUGUUCUAGGCUGACGUCUGAAGUCACUGGAAUGGGCACACUCUAAUUUCUACCCAUCUUCCCUCAGUGCAUCACAUGACCUUUGAGCAAAUGGCAUUGCACCUAGUAUAUUUAUUAUUUCUCUGUAUUUGACUGUCCUGAUAUUUACGUGACUUUAACCUUUAUGAUUUCUAGUGUUUACCGUAAACACGUGUAUUUGCACUGUUACUAGGAUUCCUCACACCUAUCCUGUUGUUUCUGUUUCUGAAAGGUCGCUUUACUUUUUUGUCACUCUAGUACCUUUCAUGGCAUCUCAUGCACUGCACCAUUUUGUUUUUACCUCAUGUUGUAGCACAUCACUGUACUUUUCUGUUUUGCACUGCAGGCACCUGAAAGUAAAUGCAAAGUAAACCUAAAGACUGGUAUGACAAUUUAAACCAAGGUUGUCCCUCUUCCACCCCAUAGUCUAAUAUGCUGACACAUUUUUAUUCCAUAUUUUAACAACCUGUGUCAGUGCAUUAGGCUACUCACACAAAAGCUCAAUAAGCAACUCUAAACCAGGUAUUUUAUUCCUGUUUAUUUUAUACUGUGCGUUACUGUGUGCCUGUAGACAUAUGCCUGCUUGUCUUAGUGUUGUGUGUACACUAUAGAUUGAUCUGCAUGACACAUGAAACCUACUGCAUUUCCAAGUUAUUUCAAAAUCAUACAGGUAGAAAGGGAGACUGAACGGUGAAGGGGAACGGAACAAGCUGUGAACGUCUAUUUAUGAUCUGGAUGUGUCACUCUGACUCCAAUCUGAAAUGACCUCAUGGGCACAGGCCAAUAAACAUCCACUGUAAUGCACAAAUAUCCGUCUUUCUGAGUUUCAUGUGAGACCUGACAAGAAGGUUGGGCGGAAAAAAAUGAAAAUAAGCCAAGUAAAUGACUGCAGUGAAGAGCGAAAUCCAAAUGCAUGCUACAAAUAAAGCCCACUUUAUUCGCCCAUACUCAGCCAACAUAAUAUAAUCAUGUUAUCCAUGCUGCCAUCAUAACAGCUAUGUAUAAGAGGCAUGGGCCAUAUAAAGAGCUGAGAAUCAUCUAGUAUAUAUUUGCACUUAAUUUAAGGUUUCAGUAUUUGCCAUAAGGGCUGUUUUUCACAUCUGUUUGCAAGCCUGUGUUUCUGGUUAGCAUUUAUGACUCAUUGAAAACAUAUGUUACAUAUGUAUCUGCAAUGAACUAGCUGGUAUUGCAGGUUAUGUCAGCUCAUCAAGCUACAUACGUACAAGGCUUACAUAUACAUUUAUGUAUGACUCUGCGGUUGACGUGCAAUGCAGAAUCUCCUUGGUUACACCAUGUUUUAGCUACUAAUAAAUGCACACACACACACACACACCCAACCUGCAUCCCUGCUCAAACUGAAGCUGAAUGUAUUUCAAAAUGUUUUUAACUGCUAUCAAUAACAUGUCAUAUUCGAUCAAAACACCUUUGACGGUGUCUUUUUGGCAUUUAAAUAAGUAAAAUAAAUAUGAUGCAUAAUGAUGAAUACAGUAGAGAUGCUUAUUUAUCAAAAAGUUUUCAGUUUUUUAAGGUUGGGCAGUUUACUCUGAAAACAAUGUUUGUUAUAGAUGAUCUAUUUAAAAUUGUAAUCUGCAAAUUUUAAGACAAGAUACAUACAAUGUUAUGUAAUCUGAUUGUUUUCUAUUAUGUUAGAGUUCAAACAUAAACAAAGACUUUCCUUUGUGUUUUCAAACAUUUCAAUAGAUGGCCUCAUCAGUAUUUGCAGUUCUCAUUUCACCCUGUAUUUGAUGCCAUUCCUAGGGAAUUAAAUACAGAAGCUUGGUCAGUUGCCAUCAGCAGCUGAAUUCGAUGCACAAGGCACCCUUUAGUAUCUCUAUGAGAUGCACUGUGCUUUCAGCUGACCAUAAUGUCAACCCAUCCAUCGCAACAACGUAAUAUAGAGAGCAAGAAUGUCUAAGUAGGGCGGCAGGGGUUGUGGUGGUGAAUGGGUCUAACAAACAUGGACUUUAAUCCAGGAGACCACUGUUAGUGUCCGGUGUAAAAACAAAAGUCCAGUUUGUUUUAAUGUAGCCUUACAUAACUUAGGUAGACACAUGAGAUAAUUAAGUCACUCGUGUGAUGUAUUUCCGACACGUUACAUACUUAUUUUAACCCAGAACAUGAUUUUUUUCAAGACCUAAUCUAGUAGUUUUGUCCCCUGAAACUAACUGUGACCGUUUGACAAUGUUACACACGUGUUUCAUGUUUUACGCAGAGGAAAGCCUUUGUGUCAGUAUGAGAUGCAGAGGGGGCUGAUACAGCAUUGGUAUUUCACAACCUGCGAAUGACAACAGUUUGUUGUGUCUCGUGUGAAUGUUUAUUUUUUUCAACUACAUUACACAUUUAACAUCAUGUGACAUAAUGUCACAUGACGUACACCACAAAACACAGUCAUUGACUUAUUUAAGUCACGUAACAAACGUACUUAUUUAACUCAAACCCAUGAUCUUAUUUUCUAAACCUAACAAAGUAGUUUCAGGCCUACACCUUAAGUAGUUUUGGUAGGUUUAUUUUAAAAAGACACUACAUGUAACAAGCUGAUAUUGACAUGCCGUCCCUGAGCGUCCAAAACUGAUGCUAGAGGGGUACCUAGAGCACCAUAGUUUAAAUCUUUGGGCCACUGACCAAGCUGCCAUAUUUGAUGAGUUGGAAGUGAGAGCGUGUUGCUUACUUCAAAAUAUAGGCUAUAUGAUUUUUAAAAAGAUGAUAUUUAUACUAAUCACUCAGCAGUCAAACAUGACACUCCAAUAAGUAAUAUAAUGUUAAUCUGAUGGCUGUGUCUCACUGAUUGCAGGUAGCUACCAUUUUUAAUCCUCUUUAUCUUAAUACAACUAAAUCCCAAAGCCUGGAUAUGCAUAACUUACAGUAAUAACUAUAGAGAUGAUGUUUGGGGAAUAUUAUUUGCGUCAUUGCAAUUUAGGCUCAGGUACUUGGCUUUUGGUUUGAAUUGAUUAUACAUCAGUUACAAGUCAGUAAUACACUGUUGUUGUUGAAACAAGGCUGCUUUACAUUGAUACAUUUACAUUUCACAUGUAUACAUCGCUUCACAUUUACAUUACGAAUGUAAAUCUGUACAUAAGCGCUCAUCUGGCUGCAUUCAGAUGUGUUUCAGAUGAAUAAACUAAGGAAUCGCUGAUUGAGGGCUACCAGGUUUUUAUUAAUGUGUCAUAUAAAAACGUUUCGUUAUCUGCAGAAUCUGAUCAUUAAAGUUGUUUAAAAUCUUCUGUAAAGUGCACAUUACUAGUUGUGUUUGUAGGUUUAAGGUGUCUGCUGGUUGUGUGCAGGCAGGCCAGCAUAGAAGUCCUGCAGUCAGUCAUACUUUACAGUAUGACUGAUUUGCAAACAUCUCAGUUGCCUUUUAGAUUGUCAUAUCUUUCACAAUCAUGGCAUCGCUCAUGUGCUCAUCACUCUACAAAGCCGUGUACGUCAAACACCUCUUGUUGUGUUGUUUUUGUCAUUUUACUGAUGCAUUAACACUUUUUGUUACUGUGCUAGAGCAGCAAAAAAUUAAAGUCUAGCACUAUAUGAUGCUGUUUCAGCAAAUGUGUCUGAUCAUGUUUAAGUUUGAUCAUUUGCUUCUUGAAGGUCUGUAAUAGAUUUAUAAUUAUUUAUUGAGGUUGAUUCUGAAAUGUUUUGUAAAAAGAAGAGAAUAAAGUUUG